GCACCAGUGCUCUUACGCCCUUUUCACCCGACCAACACGCAACGCACCUCACUAGCGACCAGACCAACAGGCAACACACUUCACUAGCGACCAGACCAACAGGCAACGCAACUCACUAGUGACCAGACCAACACACAACACACCUCACUAGCGACCAGACCAACACACAACACACCUCACUAGCGACCAGCCCAACACACAACACAACUCACUAGCGACCAGACCAACACACACCGCAUCUCACCAGCUCUGCGACCACAGACCACCUCAUCUGAGGUUUUUGAAGAACACACAACACUUCACGCCAGCUCUGUCAACAACAGGGACGACAUCUGACCAGAUUCUCACAGAAAUGGGUCUGCGCAGUUCUCAGCCUCAGCUCUACCCGGGAGACAUCGUGGAGUUUCCCCGGAAUAAGCACAUCUCACACUUUGGAGUAUAUUACGGAGAGAGAGACGGAGUUCCCUACGUGGCUCAUCUGACCUCACGGGACUCGGAGGCUCGGCUGCUCCUGUUCGGCCGGGCGCUGAAGUCUGCGGUGAAGGUGGAGCCGGUCGACCUCGUGGGGAAACAUUACAGAGUCAGCAACUACCUGGACGACACACACACCCCGCGCGACUUCUACACCCUGGUGAAGCCCGAGAUCGACGAGGCCGUGGGGAAGGCCUGCACCUACGACAUCCUGUUCCACAACUGUGAGCACCAGGCCACCCUGUUCCGCUACGGCCUGAAGAAGUCUGUACAGAUUGAAAAAAUCUAUGGCCGGAUUUACCCAACUUGGAAAGAUCUCUUUGAGACGAAGAAACUGUGAACAGCAGUGAUGGAAGGUCUUUAACCGUACAACUAUGGUGCAGAGGUGACUGCGCUUUUGUGCUCUUUGUGUCAAAAUAUGUUAUUACUGUGAUGCACUAUUGAUAUUAGUCAGCUAUAUUGUACAGCUUUGGAAAUUCAGCUUUCAUAAAUGCAUUCAUAUUUCUGACUGUGUUAUAGAUUCCGAAAUAAAUUACUCCUGAGCAGCUAUGGGUUUUGUCAGCCCAGCUGCCAAAUUCACAUUCCCAUAGCUGAUCUGGGUAACAGGAAGCAGCACUGCAUUGUGGGGCUAUAUUUACACAGGGACAUGUAUAUAUAGCUAGACCGGACAGGACAACCUGAGCAGUGAAAUAACCACAACUGUACUGUGCCAAAAAUAAAACUUUGUUUCUGGAAUGCCGAUACAUUUCUUCUCCAGUUUCUGCAUUUCGAGUUUGUGUGUCUUUUUCUGGAUUCCUCUCUAUAGUUCUGGAGGAGUCAUUCCUGUUAGCGGCAGUCGGAGAAUGGCAUGUUCUCUGAUGCGUUUCUGUAUCUUUUGUGUUUUUGAACGCGUUUACCUUCUUCAGUCAUACGUUUGCCCUUGUUCAUUCCUUCUUUCAUUCGUUCAUUUAUUUCUUUAAUUUAGUUGUGAAAUGCACUGAUUCAUGUCCAUGUGCUCUUUUGGCAGAUAAUUCAGUUACAUAAAUAAAAAUGAGCUAAUUCUC